UGUGUGUGUGUGUGUGUGUGUGUGUGUGUGUGUGUGUGUGUGUGUGUGUGUGUGUGUGUGUGUGUGUGUGUGUGUGUAUCUGUAGUUUCUCUGCUUGACUUGUAUCAGAGGCGGACACAGCCGCAGCACUGGCAACCCUGACCCUUAGCUGGGAUGCCAGGUCUUCCCAGUUGUGUGUGGGGUGCUUCUGUGGUCUGGGCCUGGUCUACUCCGACAAGUCGUGCACCAUGCCUCCCAUCACCUUCCAGGAACUGCCCCUCAACAUCUACAUGGUCAUCUUUGGAACAGGCAUCUUUGUCUUCAUCCUCAGCCUAAUCUUCUGCUGCUACUUCAUCAGUAAACUACGACACCAAGCCCAGGGUGAGAGGUUUGGCUACAGAGAGGUUGUUUUAAAAGGAGAUCCUAAGAAGUUGAAUCUUCAUGGGCAGACGUGUGCUGUCUGCCUGGAAGACUUCAAAGUCAAAGACGAGCUGGGUGUGUUGCCAUGCCAACAUGCCUUUCACAGGAAUGUGUUUCUCAGGUGUCUGGUGAAAUGGCUGGAGGUGCGCUGUGUGUGCCCCAUGUGUAACAAACUUAUCUCAGGACCCCCAGAACAGCGUCACAGCAUAGGAACACUACUGGACAAACUGGUGUAACCAUAGCAUCCAGCACGGAGGGGGUUCUGCAAGCCGAUGUAACCUAGCUCUAACAGGAAGAGAACACUGUUAUCUGGUGUAACCUCGCAACCAACAGAAAGUGGACACUGUUAUCUGGUGUAUCCUAGAAACCAUCCACAGAUUACUGCAAAAUGGUGUAACCUAGCUACCACCUGGAGAGGACUAUAAGAACUGCUGUUACCUAGCAACCAACACAGAGCUGCAGACAGGAGUCUACACCACACUCUGUCUAAUCUCGUUCCCAGACACUUUUGCCUUAAUGCACGAAGAGUCUGGUGGGCCAAAGAGUCAAACUUGGCUUUUGUUAGCAAAUAGAAAGGCCAGGAGAAACUCCCAGCGCAUAGGCAUUGGCUUAAUCUACCAACCAAUCAUUUCCCACAGCACCUUCCCCCUAACCCUGUCUCGUACGUGUCUUCCAUACGUGUCUUGCCUCCAUUUGGAGUCACGCCUCGCAGUCGUGUGAUUCGCUAAAAAUAAAUGAUGACAAAUACUUUACUCAGUAAGAUCACUCCUAUAGAAUUCUAUGGUCACACCCACUAAGGCCAACUUUGAAUCAUUGAUAUCCCAGGCUUAUUUGUGCUGUGUACAAUAGCAUGGGGACGAGGUUAUACUCUGUCUGACAGAAUAUCUCCAUACCCACAUGUCACUCUUUCUUUCUUUCUCUUUGUCUCUGACUGUCUAACUCUUCCUCUGUCUCUCUUUCCCCUUUCCUCUCACUCAGCCCCUCUCUGUUCUUGUCUUUCUGCCACUCUCUGUCUUUCUUCCUCCCUCUCUUCUGUUGUCUCUAUGCUCUUUCUCAACCUUCUCUCUUUCCGUAUCUUUCUCUCUCUUACUGCCUCAGAGUUGCACGCUAGUUCCAAUGUCAGGAAGAGGGAAAACCUCCAGACUCUCCAGUUUGGAGAGUGGAGGAACAGGCCGGUUGACAUGAGUGUGUGAAGACGAGUGGCACUAUCAGAACCAUGGGGUUGAGAAAAUACACAAUGACGUUCUACCGGCAUGUUGUGCUUACCUGUGUGUUGUGUGUGUUCUAUGUCACACAGAGGAGUCUGUUUGGAUCACUUGUCAUAGUUCUUGUUCAUAACAUAUGUAUACCAUGUUUGUUUUCUAUUGUUGUACAUGGAGCAAGGGAAUGUGAAUAAUGUGCAUCACCCGCUCACAAUUUCUUUUUUGGUUUAAUGACCGAAACGUGUUAUUUUUUCGGUACGUAGACGUUGAUGUUUUGCACUCUGACAAGUUUUUUUGGAAACCUAUUACCAUUCUACAGUACAGCAAAUGUAGUUAAAGACUAUUCUCAACAACAUAUUUGCGGAGCGCAGGUGGUUUGGUGAACCAUGCUCACAUGUUUUAGAACCACCUGAAGACUUGUUUUAGCUCCCAGCAUUCACACCUAGGCUUUAGCUCAGUAGUCUAUUGUGGACCUGAGAUAUGCAGACAGUCUGGUUUUGACACCUAGCCAAUCACAUUGAUGGAUUGAGACAUCUAAGAAAUCAAAGGCACUACACCUGCUGUUUUCUUUCGUAUUACUGGUGUAGUAAACCUGUAACGUGACUUUCGUAAAGCAAAGGGUUCUUCACAUUUCAAUUAAGUUACAGUAAAGUUUACAGACUUUCA